AUGAGUGGUGGAUGGAAUACCAUCGAGUCUGACGCAGGCGUCUUCACCUACCUACUCGAGAACCUCGGUGUCAAAGGCGUUCAGUUCGAAGAGCUGCUCACACUCUCUCCCGAUGAACUAGCACCGCUGCAGCCAAUCUACGGCAUCAUCUUCCUCUUCCGCUACCCUUCCGAAGGCCUGCCCGCGCGGUCAGCCGAUUUAUACGACCGCGAUGCUGCCGAGAGUCUCUUCUUCGCCCAGCAGACGAUCCAGAAUGCCUGCGGCACGCAAGCGCUACUGAGUGUCGUCCUCAAUAAGACCAACGAGGUGGAGAUUGGCGAGAAGCUGGGCGAAUUCCGUGAAUUCACCAUGGUUCUUCCUCCCGAGUUCCGCGGGGAGGCGCUCAGCAACUCUGAGCUUAUUCGCGAUGUACACAACAGCUUCGCCAAGAGCAGCCCCUUCGUCGACGAGACUCAGAAGACGGGCGAGGCUGAGGAUGCGUUCCACUUUAUCGCCUACACGCCCAUCAACGGCAAGCUGUAUGAACUGGAUGGACUGCAGCCUGCGCCUAUUUCGCACGGCGCCUGCACAACCGAGGAGUUCCCGACCAAGGUGACGCAGGUCCUGCAGGACCGCAUGCUUACGUACGCCAGCUCCGAGAUUCGGUUCAAUGUGCUGGCCAUGGUACGCGACCCGAGAAUCGCAGCCAAGGAAAUUGGCGAUUCCGAGACCCUGGAGCGAGAGAACGAGAAGCGCCGCAACUGGCGAUUUGAGAAUGCCCUGCGUCGACACAACUUUGUUGGCUUCGCGGGCGAGGUUCUGAAAGGUGUUGUCGCCCAGAAAGUCGAGGGUGGCGAUGCGGCGUACGAUGCUUGGAUCAGGGAGGGCCUUGAGCGGAGGAAGAGGGACGAGGAUGCUGUGAGGUUGAGACGAAAGAUGGGCGGCGGCGGUGACGAGGACGACGAGAUGAUCGGUUAA